UCCUCUCCAAAAUAAAAAUUAUUCUAGUGGACUAAAGACAAUCUCAUUUUUGAAAGCAGCCAUGAAUGCGGGAGGGUUUCUUCUCCCUGCUGCAUCAACUUCAUCAUCAUCUCUUCAUUAUCGAAAGAACUACUUGAAAGAAUCAACCAGGGUUUCAAGUAACAUUUUCUGUUUUUCAAAUCACCAUGGGAAAAGAAUUCAGAGUUUUUCCCUUUUAAGACCAGCUCAAUACAACCAGCUUCAAAUAACUCUGAGGAAGAGUAUUUUGAGAGAAGUUGGUAGAGUUAGAGCAGAUGUGAAAUCAGAACCAUAUGAUAUUACAAAAGAUAUCAAGUCUAUUAAAGAUUCAGAAGAUGAGUUUGAUGGUAGUACAGUUCCAUGGUGGGAAGAGUUUCCGAAGCGUUGGGUGAUUGUUAUUCUAUGUUUUUCAGCUUUUCUUUUGUGUAAUAUGGACAGAGUAAAUAUGAGCAUUGCUAUCCUUCCCAUGUCGACGGAGUAUAAUUGGAGCCCUACAACUGUUGGAUUAAUCCAAUCUUCUUUUUUCUGGGGUUACCUUCUCACUCAGAUUGCUGGAGGUAUAUGGGCAGACACAGUUGGUGGGAAAGCUGUCUUGGCAUUUGGGGUAGUUUGGUGGUCUAUUGCAACAAUUCUUACACCUGUAGCUGCUCAGCUUGGGUUGCCUUUCUUACUAGUUGCUCGUGCAUUCAUGGGUAUCGGCGAGGGUGUUGCCAUGCCUGCCAUGAAUAACAUCCUAUCAAAGUGGAUUCCCGUAUCGGAAAGAAGUAGAUCGUUAGCAUUGGUGUACAGUGGGAUGUACCUUGGUUCAGUAUUAGGUCUUGGUUUCUCCCCUUUCUUGAUACACGAAUUUGGUUGGCAUUCAGUCUUUUAUUCCUUUGGCUCUCUUGGAACGGUUUGGGUUGCUAUAUGGCUAAGUAAGGCACACAGCUCACCUCUUGAAGACCCUCAACUUCGUCCUGCUGAGAGUAGGCUUAUUGCUCGCAGUAAUGUUGUUUCCAGUGGAUCUGUCGUGGAAAUUCCAUGGAAAUUAAUUCUAUCCAAAAGACCUGUAUGGGCUCUAAUAGUUUGUCACUUCUGCCACAACUGGGGAACUUUCAUUCUUCUGACAUGGAUGCCGACAUACUACAGUCAGGUUUUAAAGUUCAACCUGACAGAGUCUGGCCUUUAUUGUGUGUUGCCCUGGCUUACAAUGGCCUUUUCAGCCAAUCUUGGCGGGUGGAUCGCAGAUACACUUGUGAGUAAGGGAUACUCAGUCACUUAUGUCCGGAAGAUCAUGCAGUCAAUUGGAUUUUUAGGUCCAGCUUUCUUUCUAACUCAAUUGAGCCAUAUCGAUUCUCCUGGGGUGGCUGUUCUAUGCAUGUGCUGCAGUCAGGGAGCUGAUGCGUUUUCACAGUCUGGUCUAUAUUCCAACCAUCAAGAUAUUGGUCCUCGAUACGCGGGAGUGCUGCUUGGUUUGUCCAACACUGCUGGUGUACUGGCAGGAGUCCUAGGGACAGUUGCAACUGGUUACAUCUUACAACAUGGUUCUUGGGACAAUGUGUUCGAGGUAUCUGUCAGCCUGUAUCUGUUUGGAACUGUUGUUUGGAACGUCUUCUCAACUGGCGAAAAAAUCCUUGACUAAGUUAACAUUUGGCUCACCUAACAUUAACGCACUUUCUGUAGCAAGCUACACGUACUCUCGACACCUAGUGAAGCCUAAAGAAGAUAACAAAAGACUCUAAAGUAUAUGGGAGAAAAAACGGAGUCGAUACUCAGAAGAUUUGAUUCGCAAUGGUUGGAACUCGUACUGGAACCUCAAGAGAAGAGUUAUACACCUUCACAACCCCAAGAUCAAUGUAAAAUAACCAUAUCUAUGCCUAGACUUUGAAACUCCUCAUACUCCAAUGAAGUUCCAGACGGGUGCAAUUUUAGCGCGGUGCUCACUUCCAUCUCAUCCCGUCCAUCACAUUUCUUUGGCAAGGUACGUUUCAGUUACAACAAGGUCCUCAUGAUGGACCACAGUAGGAUACGAAAACAUGAAUUAAACAAUUUUAGUGCCCUUUGCUCGGGGUACUAAUUCAUCCUGUGAUAACUAAACAAACUUUAGUAUCACUUUUUUUGUGUUAGAUUUUGCAACAUUUACAUGAAAUUAUUCUGUAUAUUUGUAUUUUAUGUCAGCAAAGAUAUUAUUUGGCCAGAAAGUGAAGCAAUGUAGUAGUACACUUGUAAUUAAAUAUUUGACUGCAUCAAAUUCUUAUGUUUGGACG